UGACUUCCACACUAGUGAGAUGGACUGACUGUUCAUGAUAUUCUCUUAUUUACACAGAGUACAUAGACAGCUGUACAUUUCUAAACUAGUAUGAAAAUCAGAAACACGCUUUGUGUGUUUCUCGUAGAGCACAAGGAUGUAAUAUGGACCAACAUUAAUAUGGAGUUUUUUGGGAUCCUAAAGAAGUGGAGCAGCUGAAGUAUGACGGGCCAGUCAGCUGCUGAGGGAUCUCCCUGCUCUCAUCGUCUCUCUGUGCACAGUCAAGAGGACGAGCAGGACCGAGCAGAGAGUGCGCUUAGCAGGUCGCAGUCUGCAUGUGAUGACACCUCAUCGGAGCUGCAGCGAGUAGCUGCCCUAGAGCCUCAGGAUGCACUGUCCAGAAACUCCUUUAGAGGAAGAGGAGCCCUGUCCAGGUUGGUGAGUCUGGUGGUGACUCUGAGAGACUGGGCACACAGGAGUCUGAUAGAAGAGGAGGAGAGACCCGAUUCCUUCCUAGAGAGAUUCCGGGGACCUGAAGUACGAGCUCCACCCAGUCGAAGGAGCAACAACCAACCGGACGCCAAUGGAAACACGAAGGGAAACACAAAGAAGCAAUGGGAGACAUUUAUAGUUUCUGCCUCUGAUGAUAUUUACUACUACUGGUUGUUCUUCAUCGCCGCUGCUGUGCUUUAUAACUGGGUACUGCUUGUGGCAAGAGCAUGUUUUGAUCAGAUGCAGACUGAGAAUCCUAUUGUCUGGCUGGUGUUUGACUAUUUGUGUGACGUUGUCUACAUACUGGAUUCAUGCAUGCGGCUAAGGACGGGUUACCUGGAGCAAGGACUUCUAGUGAAAGACUUAGCGAAACUCAGAGACAGCUACAUUCAUACAUUUCAGUUCAAACUGGACGUUAUUUCUAUCCUCCCCACGGACCUGGCGUACAUCAUUGUUGGCAUCAACACACCCCAGCUACGCUUCAACCGGCUCCUGCGCUUCUCUCGUAUGUUUGAGUUCUUUAAUCGGACAGAGACAAGAACCAACUACCCAAACAUCUUCCGAAUCUGGAACUUGGUUCUCUACAUUCUGGUUAUUAUCCAUUGGAAUGCCUGCAUCUUCUAUGCCAUCUCGAAGUCUUUAGGUUUUGGCUCAGAUCAGUGGGUUUAUCCCAACAUCUCAUCCACAGAGGAAGGAGCUCUGAGGCGGAGCUACAUAUACUGCUUCUAUUGGUCCACACUGACACUCACCACCAUUGGUGAGAUGCCACCACCCGUACGGGACGAGGAAUAUGUGUUUGUGGUGUUUGAUUUUCUUGUCGGAGUCCUGAUUUUUGCCACUAUUGUGGGUAACGUGGGUUCCAUGAUUUCCAACAUGAACGCCACACGGGCAGAGUUCCAGGGACGGAUUGAUGCUAUUAAACAUUACAUGCAUUUCCGCAAAGUCAGUCGCCAUCUUGAGACACGUGUCAUCAAAUGGUUCGACUACUUGUGGACGAAUCAGAAAGCGGUGGAUGAACAAGAAGUCUUAAAGAAUCUUCCUGACAAGCUACGUGCGGAAAUUGCUAUCAAUGUUCAUUUAUCUACUUUGAAGAAAGUUCGCAUCUUUCAAGACUGUGAGGCUGGGCUGCUCGUAGAACUGGUUUUAAAGUUACGUCCCCAAGUGUACAGUCCUGGCGACUACAUCUGCCGAAAAGGAGACAUUGGAAAAGAGAUGUACAUCAUUAAAGAGGGAAAGUUAGCAGUUGUUGCUGACGAUGGAGUGACACAGUUUGCAUUGCUAACAGCUGGGGGUUGCUUUGGCGAGAUUAGCAUUCUUAACAUUCAGGGUAGUAAAAUGGGAAACCGCCGGACGGCUAACAUUCGCAGCAUCGGCUACUCUGACCUCUUCUGCCUUUCAAAGGACGACCUUAUGGAGGCCGUAACCGAAUACCCAGAUGCACAGAAGGUCCUGGAGGAGCGUGGAAGGGAGAUUCUGAGGAAGCAGGGGCUUCUGGAUGAAAGUGCCGCACAGGGAGGGUUGCUCGUCUUGGAUACGGAUGAGAAGGUUGAACGUCUGGAGGGCUCACUGGAUGUUCUGCAAGCACGAUUUGCGCGGUUGCUCGGGGAGUUCACAGCGACUCAAAGCAGACUGAAGCAGAGAAUCACAGCACUUGAGAGACAACUGUGUCAUACAGGCCUUGGGCUUGUUUCAGAUCAAGAGAUGGACUAUGAGAGUAAUGGUAACACACCACGAGCCAACUCGACUACAUAGAUAUGCACAUUCGCAUUGUGAAGAUUGUGUGCCUCUGUGUCACAGGAUUAUUUUUCACAUUUACAGACUGCUUCUUCAAACACAUUCCAAAAGCCUCCAGCUUUUAGACUGAUUUUAGACUUGUUUUUUUUUUCCAAGUAUUGUCUUUAAUGGACUUUUUUAAAGGAAGAUACCAUAUUUAAUUUUUCUUUAAUUAAAAUGAGGCUGUGAGGGAUAUUGUAGUCCCUCAAUAUACACUACCAAAGUUUUUAAACAUUCUUACUGUUAUUUAAAGACGUCUUUUCUGCUCACCAGGCCUGCAUUUAUUUGAUCCAAAAUAUAGCAAAACAGUAAUAUUGUGAAAUAUUUUUACUAUUUAAAAUAACUUCCUUCUAUUUAAAUAUAUAUUUUAAAAUGUAAUUUAUUCCUGUGAUCAAAGCUAAAUUUUCAGCAUCAUUUAUCAACUGGAGGAAAAGAAAUCAUAGAAAUUAAUACCUUUAUUUAUAGGCUUUAAAUUGAUCAAAAGUGAUGAUAAAACAUUGAUUUCUAUUUCAGGUAAAUGCUGUUCUUCUGAACUUUCUAUUCAUCAAAGAAACCUGAAGAAAUUUUAAUCAGCUGUUUUCAACAUAAUCUUUUUUUUUUUUUUUUUUUUUUGAGCAGCAAAUCAGAAAAUUAGAAUGAUUUCUUAAAGUUAACGCGACUGGAGUAAUGAUGCAAAAAAUUCAGCUUUAAAAUCACAGGAAUAAAUGACAUUUUAAAAUAUAUCUACAUAGAAAACAGUAAUUUUAAAUUGCUAAAAAAUAUUUCAAAAUUGGACUCUUUUUGCUGUACUUUGGAUAAAAUAAAUGCAGGCUUGGUGAGCAGAAGACACUCCUUUAAAAACAUUAAAAAUCUUACUGUUCAAAAACCUUUGACUGCAGUGAAUACCAUCAGUGUUGUUUAUUGUUAACUAAAACUAAAACUAAAAUACAAAUUCGUUCAUCCAUUCUCCAAACUGUUAUAGGGUAUUACAUAUAAACAUUACAUGAAAAACGUAAACUUUAUUAUGUUGUUGUUGUUGUUUAUGAAAGGCGUACAACCAGGUACAUAACAUUACAACCCUUUGAACAAAACUCUUGACUGUCCUAAAUGUAACUGGAUGAAAAGUUUUGAAAGUUGAAAUGUUUCGAUUUGUCUGUUAGUUAUUUACAGAGAUUUUCAUUAAUAACAAACUGUUUUCUUUUGUGAAAAAUUAAAUAUGGCGUCCACCGUGAAAAGGUCCAUACAUACCCAAGACAAAUGCUGCUGAUAAGUCAAAUAUGUAUUGAUGAACUGUCCUUGUAACAUGUUGGAUUUACAAUAAACGUUCGUUCGCUUCUCGCAUGUACACAAUAAUAUUAUAUAAUAAAAUGUACAUUCUUUAUAAUUCCUGUGAUCAGAAUGUAAACCCUGUUUUUA